GAGUGUUCCAAUUUCUUUUUGAUUUUUGUUUUGACUUUUUUGAUUUCCAAAUUUCGCUCUUGAUUUGAACUGAAGUUCUUGAAAGAAAUCAUGGAGCCAUACGCUAUCUCCCUCUACGACAACGUUCUCGCUCUCCCCACCGACCCACAUUUCAAACCAGCUGCCAUACUCAUCGCCGGCUCAAAAACCUCCCAUAAAGACUCGCUAGCCAAUAUGCUCGCUCCCUCUGAUUUGGAUCUGGAAAUCCGCUUCGUUUCCCAUAUUGAACACAUGAGCCCCAAAAGCUCCCGUCCCCAUAUUGAUAUCAUCACAUGUACAUGUGAUAUGAGCUCUCGAACGUCAUUUGAUCUCUUACGGAGGAACCUGCAGUGUAUAUCGCCAGAGUACUUUCUGGGGAGGGUGGUGGUUGUUGGAUUUUUCGGUGAUGAGAUCAAAGUGGCGAGAAAGGAAGUUGUGGAAUGGGUUACAAGUAUAUCAGAGGAUGUGCCUAUUUAUUUUGUGGAUGCGGAGAACCAGCAGACUCAGCAAAAUGUUGCUUUGCAUAUUCUUAAACGCACACGGGUCGCUGCGGGGUAUAUACCGCAUGUGAGUCUCCUAUUAAUGGAUGCUUUGGGAGUGCCAGAACAGGUGCGUUUACCAGAGGAGGCAGCAUCUGAUCCGAUGCAAGUCUGCUAGGAAUGCAUCUUCAAAAGCUUUUGUGUAGAUAAAUGUUUUUUGUAUUUAAAGUUUUUUGUAUAUAGAGACCACCAAUAGAGAGAAUCCGUAUCGCAAACGGACUAAAAACAAUAACAAAAAAAAGAAAUAAAAAAAAGAUACUUGGUG